AUGUCAAUUACUCCGCAGAUAAUGUAUAAUGCGCAGAAAGAUACACUUGAAGGUUUUGCUUCAAAUAAAGAAUCUGCAUUUGCUGAUCACGUCCUAGAGUUCAUGGUCAAGGGAGUUAUAAGUAAUUUUAAGCAGCCAGUAGCAUAUUACUUUACUAAUAGUUUAAAUAAGAUAACACUUAAAAAUAUCGUUAAAUGUGUCAUUGAGCACACACUUGAGACUGGGCUUAUCAUUACAAGUACAGUAUGCGAUCAAAGCCCAGUUAAUGUUGGAGCGAUUACUGAAUUAAUUAAUGAAACAAAAGCUUCAUACUUGCGGCGCAACAAAAAUUGGAAUACAGACAUGUUCCGUGUUAAAAAUCAAAAUAUAAUUCCAUUAUAUGAUACUCCACAUCUAAUAAAAGGAAUCAGAAAUAAUAUAAUCACAAAAGAUUUAAUAUAUUAUUGGAAGAAUAGUGAGGAGACGUCAUCAUGGAAGGGA